CACACACACACACACACACACACACAGUCAGUCAGUCAGUCCUCCAUCAGCUGCGGAGCUGCACCUGGGCUGAUGGUGAUUGGUUCCUGCUGGCUGAAGGUGUAACAUCACCCCCCUGCAGGUGAGAUGUUCAGGUACACCGCUCCCUGGCAGGUCCUCUGUCUCAGUCUGGAUCAGGACACCAAGAGAGUGUCUGCAGGAGACCGUCCUGAUGUUCCGACUCUGAGCUCCGGUCAGCAGCCUCCCUCCCCUGCAGCCAUGGACAGCGCCCCCCAGCGGUGGGUCCUGAAGCCCCUGUCCCCCCUCCUGCAGCCCUCAGACCUGCGCAGCCUGGCUGGACCGCCCCAACAACAAACCUUGCCCCUUGAUGACAUCUCUAUCGCUCGCAGUCCCUCCUCCGUGGUCGUCUCCUCGCAGGGCGACCGGUCCAGAGACGUGGUGGUUCAGACCCGGCAGGUUGCCGUAUCCCAGCCCCGAGGCAGCGCCGAGGAGGAGGAGGAAGAUGAAGAUGAAGACUGGCCUCCCAGCAGCCCCAGCAGCAGCUCUGGUUCUCACUGCGGGUUCUACUCCUUCGUGGAAGACCCGACGAGUCCAGAGGCCGAGCAGAACCAGGCCUGGAUGACGUCUUCAAAGCGGCAGAAGCAGCUGGCCACGCUGAAGGAGGAGCGAGGCUUCAGACUGCAGAGCUACACCGGGACCAGGAGGCCAGCGAGCCUGUUCCCAGAGUCCGACGGAGACGAGAGGUACCGUCUGGACCUGAACCCAGAGGAGUUCCAGGGGAAGGAUGAGAAGCAGCUCAGGGAGGAGAUAAUCCGGAGCCAGGUGCCGAAGAAGAGCUCAAGAGACCAGGAGGAGGCCCUGAAGAGCCCAACCUCCAAAGACCAGGAAGACCUGGAGUUCAAGACCUCCAGAAACCAGGAUGAGGACCGACUGAAGGAGGGGUUCAGUUUCAGAGCUGCUGAGAACAUCGACCAGGAGCAGAUCAGCUUCAGCACCGCCAGGCAGCAGUUCCUGCAGAUGGAGCAGGACCGCCUGGUUCCCUGGAGGAUGCACCUGAACCUGCAAUCUGCUGGGACCUCCCAACAUCACAGAGAAGAAUCUACGCCAUUUAAAGCAACAGAAGAAGAGGAGGCAUAUCCAGAGAGGAGGGUGGUGGUGGUGUCCGAAGACCUGGACUCCGGUCUGGAGGAGCUCUCAGUGGGCGGCGGGUACUGCAGCGACGAGUGCGUCUUCAAUGAUACCAGGAGAAUCUACGAAACCUCCACCGAGAAGGAGAUCGGGUACGAGACUUCCACCGAGAGGGAGAUCCUUAAUGAGACCCCCAUCGAGAGGGAGAUCCGGUUGGCUCAGGAGCGAGAGGAGAACCUGAGGAGAGUUCGAGGCCUGACGCUCAGCGACUGCAGGGGGGAGAUGAUCCAGAUCGAAACCAAACGACUCCUGAUGCCGGUCAAAGCCAGAGAGAAGAACCGGGUGAGCUUCCUGAUCCAGAGGGAGAUCCAGAAGGAGACCCAGAGGAAGGGGGUACCUCCGCAGGACAUAAAGAGGGAUUUCCACCAGAGAGGCAAGGAGGAGAGGACAGAGGAAAGACGAGCGUCCGAAUCCGGAGACACUGAAGUCUUCCCAUCUCCCUGCUGUCCUCACCGACACCCCGAGGAGACCGAGCUGUUCAUCAGGAGUUCAGCUGCUUCCUCCUCCCGAUCCUCCUCACCCUCCUCACCCACACCUCGGUCCUGGAGACAGAACCUGCAGACCACCGGCCUACAGUCCCGAAGACAACGAACUCCGGACUUCAUCGAGAAGGAGAUCCAGGAGAUGCUGAGGAGGGAACAAGAGCUGAGAGAGUCCAGGGAGUCCAGGGAUAUGAAGGAGUCCAGGGAUCUGAAGGAAGCCAGGGAUCUUAGGGAGUCCAGGGAGUUCAGGGAUAUGAAGGAGUCCAGGGAUCUGAAGGAAGCCAGGGAUCCGAUGGAGUCCAGGGUAGAGGCGGGUGGACAGCUCUUCUCCCCGACUUCUCUGGUGGAACAGGGAACAAAGAUAGCCAACAGUCAGUUCUACCCGGCGACAAACACAGAUAAACCCGUCAAGAUCUCGUCUCCUCGACCCUACGUCCGGCUGCCAUCCCUCUCCUUCAUCACCGCUCAGCCCUGGUCCUCCUCAUCCUCUUCCUCAGCUCCUCCUUACGUCCUCCCCUCUUCUACCUCCUCUUCCUCACUUCCCCCUCACCUCCUCCCCUCUUCUUCCCCUUCCUCACUUUCUCCUCACCUCCUUCGCUCUUCCCCUUCUUCCUCACUUCCUCCUUACCUCCUCCCAUCUUCCCCUUCUUUCUCACUUCCUCCUCACCUCCUCCCCUCUUCCCCUUCUUCCUCACUUCCUCCUCACCUCCUCCCCUCUUCCUCCUCUUCCUCACUUCCUCCUCACCUCAUCCCCUCCUCUUCCCCUUCUUCCUCACUUCCUCCUCACCUCUUCCCCUCCUAUUUCUCACCUACUUCUGACCUACUCCCCUCCUUUUCCUCACCUCCUCCUCAUCUCCUCCCCUCCUCCCCCGCUCCUCUCAGAGGCCUGACGGAGACGCUAUUGCAGGACUUUGAGGAGAGACGACUGAAAGGGAAGCUGGAGGACAGCGCGUAUGCAGGAAUUCAGCUGGUGGACGACGUGAAUAACGAGGUUGUUGAGUCGACUCGAGUUAUUCGACAUAAAAACCAGCAAGCUCUGCGCUGGGAGGCCGGAGUCUUCUUCAACCAGGAUGAGCAGUGAGACAGAACCAGCUCCAGAAUCAGGACCUGAACCAGGUCAAGGAUCAUAACCAGACCCAAAUCCAGAUCCAGAUCCAGAUCCAGAUCCAGAACCAGGACUCGGUUCACUCAGAUUUGAAAGGUUUUUAAAACUGGGACACUCCAAACGGCUGCUCCUGAUUGGUCCUCUCCUCGUCCAAUCAGAUGCACAGACUAUGUUUCUGAUUCAUAAAGAAAAUAAAGAGUUAAAGUGAGUUUGUUUUGAUCACCUGACGCAGAGAAACAGGAAGUGAUUGUUUGAAAGGUUUUAAUCUGAUGCAUCGAAAAACUACAUAAAAAUAAAGAAUAUUUUGUAAACUGUCA